AUAAUAUUAGUUUACACUAUAAUCUUGAUCUCAAAAACCAAUGAAAAAUCAUUAUAUCUAGUCAAAAAGUUUUCUCCGACAGUUGUUGAAGGUAGCGACAAUGGCGAAGAAAGCGGUGUUGAUUGGGAUCAACUACCCCGGAAGCAAGGUAGAGCUAAAAGGAUGCGUCAACGACGUCCAUCGGAUGCACAAGUGCCUCCUUGACCGGUUCGGAUUCACCAAGGAAGACAUCACGGUGCUUAUCGACACCGACGAAUCGUACACUCAACCCACCGGCAAAAACAUCCGUCAGGCGUUGUCGGAACUCAUAAAGCCAGCAAAGCCCGGUGAUGUUCUGUUCGUGCAUUAUAGUGGACAUGGUACGAGGGUCCCACCGGAAACAGGGGAAGAGGAUGCCACCGGUUUUGAUGAAUGUAUCGUUCCUUGUGACAUGAAUCCGAUCCCUGAUGAUGAUUUCAGGGAUUUAGUGGAACAGGUUCCUGAGGGAUGUCAGAUAACGAUCGUAUCAGACUCUUGUCACAGCGGCGGACUCAUCGAUGAAGCCAAGGAGCAGAUCGGAGAGAGCACCACGAAGAAACCAAACUCAGAACCUCAAGUUUAUUCUUUGGAAUUCGAUAUCGGGAACUGUUUUCGUAGCGUCUUUGUAAAGCUGCUUGCGUUUUUCGGAAUCAGGAGAUUUCAGGAAGAACCGAGCGGGAUCAAAACUAGAGAUAUCGUCGAAGAAGGAGAGAGAGAUGAUGUUGCCAAAUCAAGGUAUCUACCGUUAGAGAGCUUCAUCAGUAUUCUCAAACAGAAAACUGGCAAAGACAACAUCGAUAUUGGUAAAAUCAGACCGACCCUUUUCGAUGUGUUUGGUGAAGAUUCGAGCCCCAAGGUGAAGAACUUCAUAAAAGUGAUGAUCACCGAGCUAAAGGAAAGAAAUGAUCAAAGUGAGUCAGUUGGUAAGGUCGAAGAGAGUGCUCGAGAGUAUAUAGAAAUGAAGCUGAACGAUGAAGACUACGUGAAACCUGCGAUGCAGACAAAACUAAAGAGUGAUCGUGAGAUCUACGAAGGAGGAUCAAGCAACGGAUUGUUUCCAGACAGAGGGAUUCUGUUGAGUGGAUGUCAGACGGAUGAGACAUCAGCAGAUGUGAAAAAGAGCGGAGAAGCGUAUGGAGCGUUUAGUAACGCGAUUCAGAUGGUUCUGUCUGAGACUGGGAAAGAAGAUAAGAUCACGAACAAGGAAUUGGUUUUGAAGGCAAGAGAGAUUCUGAAGAAACAGAUGUUUACUCAGAGACCAGGAUUGUAUUGUAAUGACCGUUUUGUGAAUGCUCCAUUUAUAUGCUAACUAUGGUCUAUGGUGUUGACUGGGUAGAGACUCUUGUAUUCAAGACUGCUCUGUUGUUAUUAAUGUUUGUGAACUUUAGAAUUUUGUGUACAUGUUAAAAAUGAACGUAAUUUUAUGAGGUAAUAAAUUAAUUUAUUGAAGUUGAU